AUUGCUCCUCCCCCAGCCCCGGUGUGUGUGUGUUUGGCUGCGUGCGCUCUGCUGCUUGCUCUCAGAAUGAUGAUGUCGGUGUGCUCGGAGCCCGGCUUCUCCAGCGAGGAGCUGCUGAACCUCCGCUUCCCCCUUCACCGGGCCUGCAGGGAUGGAGACCUCGGCUGCCUUCAGUCUCUGCUUCAAGGCCCCACCGCGCAGCAGCUCGGGAAGGAAGACUCGUGCUACGGCUGGACUCCGAUACAUUGGGCUGCUCACUUCGGGAAGUUGGAGUGCCUGGUACAGUUGGUAGGAGCAGGUUGUUCUGUUAAUGCCAGCACAACUCGUUUUGCUCAAACUCCAGCUCACAUUGCUGCUUUUGGGGGACAUCCACACUGCCUGGUAUGGCUAAUUCAAGCAGGUGCCCAUGUAAAUAAACAGGACUAUGUGGGUGAGACCCCUGUCCACAAAGCUGCAAGGGCUGGUAGUAUGGACUGCCUUAAGGCCCUUGUAUCCAAUGGAGCCCAAAUAAACUUUAGGAAUGCCAGUGGCUUGACAGCGGCUGACCUUGCACACUCCCAGGGCUUUCAAGAGUGUGCGCAGUUUCUCCUUAACCUCCAGAACAGUCAGCUGAACGGUUUUUAUUACAGCAACUCCUUAAAUGGAGUCCACCAAGUCAACUCCCCUAAUCAUUUUAACGGAGGCGCAAUAAGUCGCAAGCGUUCCUUCAAUGAUUUGGAGGCUUAUGCCAUCAAGAAGCUUAGAACUGAAGGAGGCAGCAUUUAUAUUCGGGCUGAUUUGGCUGGAGGGGUAGAAGACGAGAGCAUGCAUGUAGAAAAUCACUCAGAGAUAUCAGAUAUGAAUGGUAGCCCAACUACAUUAACAAAUGGACAAGCAACUAAUGGAUUUAAUGCACCCCUUGGAGACAUGGAAACAAGUUCUGCAAAAUGCCUUCAGUUCUCUCAAGAAAUCAACAAUGUCACGGUCACAAAUGGCAAGACAGAGAGCCCUGAUGAGCAUGGGACUUUUGCUGAAAAUAACAUUGAUGCCAUCAGUCCUCAAGCCUGCGGCUCUUUGCAUGUUAAUGGGAGCCCUAGUAGUUGGGUCAAUCCUAGGCCUUCUUUGGGUGAUGGGGCUGCUGACAUCUUACAGUAUGGAUAUUACCAUGGAUUUGGAGACUCUGCUGAAAGCUUACCUGAGUAUAGUAGUCUUCUGGAACAUUCUGAUUCGGUCAAUGUUGAACAUAGAUAUAAAAGUACAUUUAUAAGCACACUUCACCAGUAUCAGGGAUUUUAAUGGUUAUCUAUCCGUGUGCAAGAAAGGUUAACCAGUUUAUUCCUAAAACCUGGCAUCUAAAAUGCAAACAGUUACAAAGAAAAUUAUCUUUGUCUCCCAUUUAUAUAUAUUUUUUUCUAAUUGCGUAGGAAAAAUUGUACGUCAGCAUGUUUGCCCAUAUCAGUAAAUCAUAGUGAAGACUGCACUGCUCAAAUAAUCCAGAAGGUAUGCACAGCGUUCAGAUAUAGACUAACAUCGAAACCAUUAACAGGGAUUCCUUUGGCUUUCAACUCUAUCUUUCUAUAGGGACCAAAAGUUGCGCAAAUAGUGAAGAACCACCAACAAAAGUACAGUACAAUAAAUAAUUUAUUAUUAUACUCACAAAGGUAAAAGGUUUGUAGGCAUAUCCAAAAGCUGUAUCAGCCCUCGUGUCUCUGCCUCUGACGAAGCGAAACCUAGGUUGGGCAGAGACACGAGGGCUGAUACAGCUUUUUGAUAUGCCUACAAACCUUUUACCUUUUGUGAGUAUAAUAAAUUAUUUAUUGUACUUUGUUGGUGGCUCUUCACUAUUUGUGCAACCUUUGGUCCCUAUAGAAGGAUAGAGUUGGAAGCCAAAGGAAUCCCUGUUAAUGGCUUCGAUGUUAGUCUAUAUCUGAGCGCUGUGCAUGACUGCCUUUAUUUUUGGAUGCCUUCUGGAUUAUUUGAGCAGCGCGGUCUUCACUAUGAUUUACUGAUUGUCUAUGUGUAAAGGACCCACUUCACUUUGAGACCUGCGGUGCCGUAAACAGGCAACGUAACGGAGUACAAUUCUUAUUUUAUUUGAAAUGUUUGCCCAUAUGUAGUCAGUUGCAGUUGACAGCUUUUAAUAAAUGACUGCACACAGAAGAGUUACUUAUGGAAACUAAGAAGCACUUUCAGAAACAGGAUAUAUAUGUAAGUUACAAGUAACUUCCAAAAAAGUGCGUCAUAAGAUGGGCGUCCAGAUGUUACUAUAUGUGACAGUGUAAGAGGCAUGAGCAACGCUGUCACGCUAUGAAAAAAAAUACUCGUUUCUUUCCACUUUGUCAAAUAUGACUCCGUUUUAGGCAUUACAAUUUUUUUUUUAUGCAACUAGAAUUCUUUUUUAAUCUAGGAAGUUUUUUUUUAUAUAGGAAAGAUUGUCCUAACUCUACUCGCCCCAUCCUAGGGUGUAUACUGUUAGCCUACUCAUUCCAUAUUUUUUUUAAUAGCCUGUUUUAACCAAGCAAGUUAAGAAAUAGCAAAAAGCUGCCUUUUUGAAACUUUCUUAGAGCAAGAAAAAGGGAAUCAAUUCAAGUUGAAUUUAAAGAGUUAGUGUAUAUUUUUGAAAAGAUGGCUUCUAAAACGUGAAGCUUUUCCAUUUCUUUAAUGUUUAAAUACUUUCUGCUGAAGGUAAACUUGACAUUUCAUUAUAUAGGUUUUUAUUGUGAAGAGGUCUUUCGUGUUUGUAGCGGAUAUUUUUUUUCUAGAGACCUUUGUACUGUAUACGGUUGAACGAGGGAAUAUGAUUUGUACUUUGCAAUAAUAUAACUGAUGUUGGGUGGAAAAGAGAAUAGGCUCAAUAAUGACAGCUUGUACCAAUUCCAGAAAAGCAGGUGACCUUUCAUUUGGAUCUAUGUGAUGUUUCACUUGAGUCCUGAUCAUUGUUUUUCUGUAUAAGCCACAAACAGGACCAGGCAUGAACAAAGUUGCAUUGUGUCUAGACCCGUUUUGUCAUUGCUUCUGUCUGUACAUUUUUCUUUAUAACAAGCUUGAAAUCAUUUUCAUUUUGUAUUUGUGUAAAGCCCCCCGAGUAUCAACAUUUGCUGCAAAUGCUUUGUUACAUCUAAUUUUGCCACUUACUCAUCUUCUGGAUUGUGACAGUGUACUGCACUGAACACACUGCUUACAUUAUCUCUUUUUUUAUAAUGUGACUGAGACCUUAAUGAAAAAUAUAUCAAGCUAUGUGUUUGACUACAUAAGACUUUAAGUCCAGUCUUCGUUAUGCUAAAUUUCAGUGUUCUUCUAAACACACUUCCUCUCCUCUGAGUUAGUGGCACAUACACAUUUUCUUUACGCAGAAACUGACUUUUUCUCAUUGAUUGUUUUUCAGUUUAUAUACAGUUCAGCAUUGCAGAGGGGAAGCAUGUGCCCUGAGAUUUGUGUUAAUAAAAAAUUAAGCUACUG